CACAAACAGGAAAUUCUUCAGGGAAAGUGAAACUGAAGUGCAGUUGAGCUGUUGUGUGUUUGUGUCUCUGUAUUCAUGCAGUAAAAUGGCAGAAGCCAGAAUUUCUCAGGAUGAGUUCAUGUGUCCAGUUUGUCUGGAUCUCCUGAAGGAUCCAGUGACCACUUCCUGUGGACACAGUUACUGUAAGAUCUGUAUUACAGGCUGCUGGGAUCAGGAGGAUCAGGAGAGAGUCUACAGCUGCCCUCAGUGCAGACAGACCUUCAGUCCAAGACCUGCUUUAGCUAAAAACACCAUGCUGGCUGAAGUGGUGGAGAAACUGAAGAAGACUAAACUUCCUGCUGACUGUUACGCUGGAGCUGGAGAUGUGCAGUGUGACGUCUGUACUGGAAGAAAACAUAAAGCCGUCAAGUCCUGUUUGGGGUGUCUGGAGUCUUACUGUCAGACUCAUUUUGAACGUCAUGAGGAAUUUCACUCACGUAAGCCACAUAAAGUGACUGAAGCCACUGAACGACUGCAGGAGAUGAUCUGCCAGAAACACGACAAGAUCCUUGAGGUUUUCUGCCGCACUGACCAGAAGUGUAUAUGCCUGCUUUGUACGAUGGAUGAACAUAAAAACCACGACACUGUAUCAGCUGCAGCACAGAGGACAGAGAAACAGAAGCAGCUGAAGGAGACACAGAGGUCGUUCCAGCAGAGGAUCCAGCAGAGAGAGAAAGAUCUUCAGCAGCUGAGAGAGGCUGUGGAGUCUCAUAAGCGCUCUGCACAGACAGCAGUGGAGGACACUGAGAGGAUCUUCACUGAGCUCAUCCGCUCCAUUGAGAGAAGCUGCUCUGAGGCCACACAGCGGAUCAGAGAUCAGGAAAAGACUGCAGUGAGUCGAGCUGAAGGACGACUGGAGCGACUGGAGCAGGAGAUCAAUGAUCUGAGGAGGAGAGACGCUGAGCUGGAGCAGCUUUCACACACACAGGAUCACAUCCAUUUCCUGCAGAGUUUCCAGUCUCUCUCAGCUCCUCCUGAAUCUACAGAUGUAAAUGACGAUUCCUUCAGUUCUCUCUCCUCUUUUGAUGUGAGAGAAUCUGUCCUUCAGCUGAGAGACAAACUGGAGGAUUUCUGCAAAGAGGAGCUGAAGAAGAUCUCUGUCAGAGUCACUUUCACCAACAUUGUUCCCAGGACCAGGAACAACUUCCUACAAUAUUCCCAUCAGCUCACUCUGGAUCUGAACACAGUGAACAAAUGGCUCCAUCUGUCCGAGGGGAACAGAGUGAUUACUAACACUUUUCCAGAGCCUCAGUCAUAUCCUGGUCAUCCAGACAGAUUUGAUGGAUAUUUUCAAGUGUUGUGUAGAGAGAGUGUGAGUGCUCGACACUGUUACUGGGAGAUUGAGUGGAGUGGGCGUGAAGUGUCUAUAUCAGUGUCAUAUAAGAGCAUCAGCAGGAAGGGUAAAGAGAGUUGGUUUGGACAUAAUGAUCAGUCCUGGAGUUUGAUCUGCACUCCUGACAGUUACUUAUACAGACACAAUAACACAGAAACUGAACUCACCGUAAAGGCCAUCAGCAGUAGAAUAGGAGUGUAUGUGGAUCACAGAGCAGGAACUCUGUCCUUCUACAGCGUCUCUGGAGACACAAUGAUCCUCAUCCACACAGUCCAGACCACAUUCACUCAACCGCUCUAUCCUGGGUUUAAUGUUGAAAGUAGAUCAUCAGUGAAACUGCGUUGAUGAAUCAGAAUAGACUGUAGAGUGAUUCUACCCAUAAUGCUUUGAGCACCUGUUAAUUCAGAAGCAUACACUCAAGUGAAACAGCUGUAAAUGUGAGAUUUUAUUAGCAAAUCUUUAGUCAUCCACUAGAGGAGGCAAUUUGACUAUUCUCCCAGAUAAUCGUUGGUUACAGCAGAUUUGGCGCUACUGAAUUUGAGCAAAAACAACUAAACAAAAUCGACUGGUGGUUUGUAAAAAUCAAAAAUACCAGAGAUGAUAAAAAACUAAGGUUAAACUGAAUGAAAAACAAGCUCAGCCGUCACUCUAAAGUCAGUAAGCCAUUUAUAUUUUUAAUGUUUCAGUUUUUAACUAAUACCCGUCUACACCGGACGCGAGCAGCACGAUGAAACACACAUAACCCCGGACAGUAAACUGGCGAGUGAAAUUAGAUAAACAUGGGGGGUGCGUGUCCUAAAAGGUUGAAAAUCCCUGCAUUAUUAUACUUUUUGUAUGUAUUGUAUUUAUUUUUAAUAUUUUUAAUUAAACUGCCCUGGUGAAAAAAAGUAUGCUAAGUAUACUUGCAGCCAGACUAAUUAUCAGUAUACUUCAAGUAUGUUAAUGAUUAGUUAACUUGAAGUGUGCUAUUUUGUAAUAAGUAUAUUUUAGUUGAAAUUAAGUUGUAUUAAAGCAUCACUUUAUGUAUAUUUAGUGUACUUUUGUGUGCUAAAUUGGAACAACUUCAAGUAUACUUAGUACACUUUAAGUAUAUGCCUGUGUAGGGACUAAUUGCAUGCUUGAUUAGUGAUAUUAAAGUGCACUUUGUGUUAUAAAGUAUAUUUUAUUUGUA